AUGGUGGAGGCAGCUUGGUUUUUCUCUUUCAUGCAGGGCUCAAAGCUGGAAGUACCUCUGUGGCUGGCAAAAGGUCUGCAGGACAGCAAAAGGAGAAUAAUUUCUGUGGAGCUGCCCAAGAUUUACAAGGAAGCCUGGAGGACGGUGUUCAGCGCUGAUGCCAACGUGGUCGAUCUGCAUAAAAUGGGGCCAUACUACUACGGGUUUGGCUCCCAGCUCCUGAAUUUUGACAAUCCAGAGAAUCCCGAUAUCGCUCAGACUAUCCUGCAGACGUUCAUCAGCCGCUUCCGUCGCAUCAUGGACUCCUCCCAGAACGCCUACAACGAAGACACGUCGUUUUUUGAGUUGGAGCGAGCCUUAUUUCGAGCUGGUCAGAAAGGGCUGAACGACUUCCAGUGCUGGGAAAAGGGACAGGCCUCUCAAAUCACAGCUUCCAGUCUGGUCCAGAAUUACGGGAAAAGAAAGUUCACAGAAGUGGAAGGUUAA